AUGUAGCUGAAAUCAGUUCAUCAAUACUACAUAAAAGCCAAAAAUUAAUCAAAGGAUUAGAAGGGGACAAAAUGUAAGGAAUAGCCAUAAGCCACUGCAUCUUAAAUUUCUCUAAUUUUAAGUAAAAUGAAUAACAAAAAUGUUCAAGAUUCAAAGGCUAUAUCAGAUAGGACAAAAAAUAAUAUAUAAAUAUCUCCUAAAUUACAAAAUUGUUUGUCAGCAUCAAAUUUAAUGAGCAAGACUACUUAAUCACCUAAAUUAAGUGAAUGUUAAUUAAUGAAUAAAAAAUUUGCAAAAGAAUGUCCUAGUAGAAUUACUAAUGGGAAUGAAAUCUAAUUACCAACUGAAAUUAAUAGUUUUUUAGAGAUGGAAGAGAGAAAGAGAAGUUUAAAUAAUUUUAAAGAAUAACUCUCAUAAAACAUAAUGAAAAUAUAGCAUUUAGAUUAACUUUAAACUCAAGUGAAAUUGAUUGAAUAAUAACUACAUUCUAUUGUUUAGACUAUCAUUUAAUUAAAAGUAUAUAUAUAUUUAUAUUUAUUAUAGGAUUCCUUAUGUAUGUAAUUACAAUAGGAAUAAUUGACUUAUACAUAAAUUACUUAAUCUAUUUCAGAUUCAUUAUAUAAAAUGAAAGAUGAUAUAAAUCAUAAUGAAGUGAAUAUUAUUGAUUCAAUGUAAAUGAAGCCAUUUUAAAAUAUCAUGACUAUUUACAAAAAGAGAUUGGAUGAACAUUAAAGUUGUGUUUAAUAAAUGAUUUCUAAGAGAUAAUUUGUUAUUCAAUUUAAUUAAUGGUGCUAAUAAUUGAUGUUAAAAUUAUAAAUUGAUACUAAAUCAAACUUUGAUUCAGACUAGAAAGAAAAUUGUUUUUAUGGGAGCAAUAAAAUUGCAGAAUCUCCAAAAUUUCGUAGCAAUUGA